AUGGAGUCCUCAGCUCAUGAGAAAGUGAACGUAAAGACCGAGCCCCCAGGCGGCAAUGUGCACGUAAAAGACGAGCCGUUGUGCUCUAAUGCCCUUAGAAAGGCCGAACCUACAUCUGAUGAUAUUGAAGUCAAGCCCUCAUUGUCCGAGUCUAAAUAUGUAAAUAUAGACGCAAAUGUGGUUAAGAUCGAGCCCUCAGAUGCGUGUGUGAAGGAGGAAUAUUGGUCAGAAGAUGACAGUAUAGAUAAGCAAUACUUGGGUUUGAGCGUAGAGCCCUUAUGCUCAAGUGAGGGUAUAAAGGAUUGUGGGGAACUGGAGGGGCUGUACACCGGUCAUGUUGUCAAGGAUGAGAUGGUGCUUGGCCCUGAGAUAGUGGAGCAGCGAAACUUUUCUGCUGAAGUGAAGCAGCCAUGUGAGGCUGUCGGCAGGAGACCGUUACUCGGGGACUGCUGCGUGAGGCUGGAGCGUCUUGAUCUGGACACACUACUCACCCCCAUCCGGAUCACAGACUGGGACAGUCUGGGACAAGUUGGAAAUCUUAAGGAACACACGGGAGGACCUCCACAGAAGAAACCAAGAAGAAACGAUACUUACCAAUGUGCCCACUGUGAAUAUCUAACAGAUAGAAAACAAUUCCUAAUUAGUCAUUUGAGGAAACAUAUUACUAAGGAGAAGCGAUACAAAUGUGCCCAGUGUAGCUAUUCUUGCGCCCGCAGGAAUUAUUUGAAAGUUCAUGUAAGGACACACACUGGUGACAAGCCCUACAAAUGUGGGGUGUGUAGUUAUGCUAGUGCCCGCAAUGGUAGUUUGCUAGUUCAUGUUAGGAAACAUGCCAAUGAGAAACCAUACCAGUGUGAGCAGUGCAGUUAUGCUACUCAUGAAAAAUUUCGUUUGAGAGUUCAUGUAAAAACACACACUGGUGAAAAGCCCUACAAAUGUGGGGCAUGUAGUUUUGCUAGUGCUCACUAUGCAAGUUUGCAUGUUCAUAUGAGGAGACAUACUAAAGAGAAACCAUACCAGUGCGAGCAGUGUAAUUAUGCUACUUAUCGAAAAGAUUUUUUGUUAGGUCAUUUAAAAAUACACACUGGUAAAAAGAUUUACAAAUGUGAGGUGUGUAGUUAUGCUAGUAACAACAAAGGUAGUUUGCAACUUCAUGUAAGGCAACACACUAAUGAGAAACGUUACCACUGUGAGCAGUGUAGCUAUGCUACCCAUCAAAAACCUCGUUUGCGAGUUCACGUAAGGACACACACUGGUGAAAAGCCCUACAAAUGUGGGAUGUGUAGUUUUGCUAGUGCCAGCAACAGAAGUUUGCAAGUUCAUAUGAGAGGACAUUCUAAUGAGAAACCAUACCAGUGUGAACAGUGUAGUUAUGCUUCCCAUCGAAAAGAUCUUUUGUUACUUCAUGUAAAAGUACACACUGGCGAAAAGACUUACAAAUGCGGGGUGUGUAGUUUUGCUAGUAUCCACAAAAGUAGUUUGCAAAUUCAUGUAAAGAAACAUACUCAUGGUAAUGAGAAACUUUAUCAUUGUGAUCAGUGUAGUUAUUCAGGCUGUACAAAAAAUCUUUUAAAAGCUCAUGUAAGGAAACACACAGGUGAAAAGCCAUACAAAUGUAAGCAGUGUAGCUAUGCUUCUGCCCGCAAAAAUGCUUUAAGAAUACAUAAAAUGAUGUCGCACACUAGUACAAAAGACAAACAGUUUUACUAG